AUUAUUUAGAAAAAUUCCCGAAAACUCAAGACCAUUAAUCAAAAAAAUGCUCGAUGUAAACGUAGAAAAUCGAGUUACUAUGAAAGAUAUUUUUGAUGAUGAAUGGUUUAAAGGCAUUGAAGUUUGUACUAGUCAUGUAACAUCAAAAGGACAUGAACAUAAUUUGGUGGAAAGUCGUGAAAGUGAACAGUAA